UGGGGUUUGUGGGCUGGGAAAAUGGGCAGUUCUUAUGAAAAAUAUGGCAAAAAUCUAGAGUAUUUGUUUCUUCGGGCUUUGGUGUUUAGGGUUGUUAAAGUGCGCGGCUACAUAUACUGGUAAGGUUAAAAGCAGCUGUCGACUGGUACAAUACUAUGAUGUCAUGGUAUGAUGUCAUGGUAAAAUAUCAUGACGUCAUCAUCGCAGGUUUCAACGGAGACUUGGUUACACGACCUCAGAAACCCAGCUACCCCGGCUCUCAUCUACAAUCCACUCUCGCAAGAAGAGGACAGUGACAAUGAGACUGAGGAUCACGCUGAGUUAGACACCGGAACCUGCUGCAAGUUCAAUUACAACGGAAGUUCACUGAUAGUAAGUUACAACAACGACACGAUAUAUCUGUACAACACGCACGAUAACACGGAGUACAAGCACAAGUACACGGGACACCGAAAUCAUGACACAGUUAAAGGAGUCAACUUCUACGGGCUCAACUCUGAGUAUGUCAUGUCAGGCAGUGAUUGCGGGCAUAUAUUUCUGUGGAACACAACAACAGAGGACAUAGUACAGUGUCUAGUAGGGGAGGAGGAUGGUAUAGUUAACGUCCUCGAGUUUAACCCUUACAGUCCGAUGAUAGCGAGUUCUGGUUUAGAGCAUUGUGUUAAGAUCUGGACUCCUAAUCUGGAAGAUGAAACUCAGCUGAGUAAUCUUAGUGAGAUCGUGGAGAAGAAUGCGUCACGUGACUCCCUGUCACAUGAUGUUCUCACCAUCUUCUUAUCGAGAAUGAGCGGUGAGGAAUUACAGAACAGCUGUCGACAGAGUUGAAAUAUUUAAUCACCGAAUUAUUACUGAUUACAACUAGUAAAUAACUAAAAAUUAGUUCAGAAUAUGGGAGUUGAGGAGUGAGGACACGUGGUUUGUACGUGGUUUGCACGUGGUUUGCACGUGGUUUGCACGUGGUUUGCACGUGGUUUACUGGCUGAUGAAGGGAUUGUGUUGUUGAUAUUUUCACUAUCAGAAAUAACUUAAUAGAGAAUAGCCAGAGUUCUUUGGCCGGGCUUGUUUUGCUUACGGGAAUCUAUAGUAAGGGGUCGUUCACAUAUUACGUAAUCAUUUUUUGGAACAUUUUAACCCCCCCCCCCCCCCCCCCCCUCCGUAAUCAGUUUUACACAUAGCUAUUGUGUCAAAAUUACACUAGCGUAAUCAUUCGGAAACCCCCUUCCCCCUCAGCUGAUUACGUAAUAUGUGAACGACCCCUAAUUAAUGCAAAUAUACAAAUAAUACGAAUGAUGCUGAAUGAUAAUAAGAUUAACAAUAAAUUGUAAUAAUGUACAAUUAUUGAGGUAGGACUUAUACUCAGCAGUGUUUAAUCUAAACAUGCCACAAAUUAACUUAAAUAAUAGGUAAGGACUUGAAAGAUAUGCUUGAAAACAUAUCGUUAAUGCCUGUGGAAGAGUAAUCUGUAGUAUACUUAUAUCUAAAGAUCGAACACCGAUUAUGACCAAAAGAAUUACGGGAUCUUUAACAUGUUACGCUUAAGGGUGAAGAGGGUUUGGAAAUCGUUAUUCUAUUUAUUUCCACACAACUUUAAGUGUAUUAUUGCUGAUCACGGAGGGGAUUACAAAUGGUCAACAUCUGUCACGUCAUGUAAUAACCCAGGUAAUCAAGAUCAAACCGUUAGAUAUGUUAUCUGAAUCAUCAUUCAACUUUAACCUCUUAAAUUUAGAUUUAUGGACAGCCCAAGGAAUCGUUCGCGGUUCGCAUAUUAUAAGUAUAUAAAUUAUUUAUAUACUUAUAAUAUGCGAACCGCGAACGAUUCCUUGGGCUGUCCAUAAAUCUAAAUUUAAGAGGUUAAAGUUGAAUGAUGAUUCAGAUAACAUAUCUAACGGUUUGAUCUUGAUUACCUGGGUUAUGCUUAACGUUGUAGGUUUUUUGGAGGUCUUAAACAUUAAUCUGAAGGUAAUAUGUUGUUUUAAAAGAAUUUUGUCGCUAUCAAAAUCACCUUAAUUGAUUUUUGGUGAUCUUAUAAUUGAAACCCGCCGCUUUUUGAGUUUUUCAGUGGGUGCCAAAUUUAAAAUAAUUUUGUCUUAUUUGCUGUAAAAAUUGUUUUUAUGUAAUUUAUAAUUUUUAAA